GACGCAAGGGUCAGCCUCUGAGAAGGUCCUCUCGCUUUUGGUCGACGCGAGCCCGUUUACAGUGGCCCAUGCAAUCGUCUGCCGACGGCCGUCCGCGGGACGUCCGGCCUGCAGAUUUGCGAGGCUCGGAGUCGUCCAACCUUCUGCUAGAGACGGCGGUGACCGAACAGGGCGGCGAUCGAUCGGCCAACGCCAACCCCGCCUUGGAAGACAGCAGCCGUGACGGUGUGAGCAGCUUCGCGUCCGCCCAGACCGAGGAAAUCAGGCACAGCUCCUCGAGGCCAUCCUUGAGGCCAUCCUCGAAGGCACGCACCCCGAAGACCAAAGGCACCAACGGCGGCAGCGUGACGCUCUCGCCGGCAUCGUCGACGCUGCGCGACACCUCCAGUCGCGAGGAGCAGUUGCGUGGGAUACGGCGAGGCUUCGGCAACCACGACGGGCCCCAGUCGAGAAGAGCCCUGUCAACUGUUCAAGAGACCGGCAAGAACUUCAGGCACCGACUCAAUUCGACAGUGCACUUCGGCAGCACGACCUUCCGCGAGAUCUCGGGCGCCACGCGGUCUCUGGUCGAGAGGCACGCCGACCGCAUCGCCCAGGUCGGCUGCGGUCUGGGCGUCGCGGCGGCCAUCGUGCUCUGCCUCAUCCUGUACUUGGUGGCCGGCAACCAGAGGACAACGUCGCGGCCCGCGCUCCUGCGACGCUGCGAGGAGCACGCGUGCGAGCUCGCCCGGCUGGACCUGGGGCAGCUGCUGGACGACGCCGUGGACCCUUGCCAGGAUCUGCACGGCCACGUCUGCCGCAAGUGGGCGGCCGGCUCGGCGCCCCUGGCCUCUGGAAUGGACACCUUCGCCGGGAAGAACUACCUCAGCGCCUCAAGGGACGAGUUCCUGCUCUACCUCAACUCGACGCUGAUGGCCGCCGCCGGGAACGGAAACGCGCCGAGUUCGCUCCUGCAAGUCGCUCAGUUCUACUCGUACUGCGUCCGUUUCACUUCGGCAGCGGCGGACGGGGCGUCCUCCUCCAUGGCCGAAACGGUGAAGUCGUUCCGGACAGAGGCCGAAUCCGCAGUCGAAGCGACGAAUUUCGUGUCCAUCAUGAAGCGGAUUUUCACGCUGUCCAUCCUUCACGGCGUGCACACGUUUUUGGGAGCACAGCUCGUAGUCUGCAGCGACGGCAUCACGCGUCUCCGACUGUUCCCGGGCACGACUCUUGGACGGAAACUGGGCGAGACACCGCAGUCCGAGGACGUCCAGGAAUACCUUUCCAUCGUGUUCGAGCAAGCCGAGAAAAUGAUGCCGGCGGAGGCUGGCUUUAACGUGACGCUCGACGAAGUACUCAACAUAGACCACGCUGUGCACUACCCGCGGCCGCCCCUCCAUUCGCCUGUCGAGAGGCGCGCUAUCAGCGUGCUAGGUGCGCUGUGCCACGGAUCCCGAACGUAUCGUUGGAUCAGGCUUAUCAACACGCACGUGGUCAGCAGAGAGGACAAACUGGAUUACAAAUCCGAAGCGUUCUCCGACCAGUGGGACGCCCUGAGCAAUAUACUUCGUUACACAUACCUGAAGAGUUCUGUCGGGGAUCUUCUGGCGAUCUCGGUGUACCUAUACCUCCAUGUUCUCGUCGACGCCCUGAGACUCGACUUCCAUCGACGGCGGGGCUUCAGGAGCCCCGAGCGACUCGUCGAAGUCUGUCUGCGGACCACUCACAGCGCCGUCGCUUAUGCUCGGUCAGUCGUGGACAAAAAACUAUUGGACGAGUCCUCCUCGAGAGGCGGGGCUGACACCGCAGUAGCGUUCCGGCCGCUGCUGAAGUUGUUCGCAAACGCCGUCCAAAAGUGCACUUCGGGAGUCUGCAAGAGUUUAAGAAAAGCGAUCGAAAGUAUUGCGAGCAGAGUUCACCUGCACUCUUCCGAGCCACCACACCAGUUCCCGUUGCGAGCGGCUGUCCCCAAUACGACCUUCUCGAAGCUUUCGCAAUUCCCCUUGACGUACGCGAAGUUUCGCUCCGCACGGACCAUGGCUUACCUGGCGACGCCGCAGUCGGAAUUGGACAGGGAGGCGGACAAGGCCUUUCUGGGAGAGAGCGUCGUUUACGUGGAUAGCCUGGGCCUUGUCUUUGUGCCGGGAUACCUGAGCCGACGUCCUGUACUGUACUCGAAGGAAGUUCCUCCGGAGUUCUCCAUGGGCUCUUGGGCAUUCCUGGUGGCUAGGCAGCUGUACCGAGCCGCCGUACAUUUGUCGUUACAUUCAGGCGUCUUGCGCCAGAGCGAAAUCGUGUCGGUGCAGAACUUCGAACAGUGCCUGAAAGCGUUCAUCUCUCGACCGACGAAUUCGUCAGUAGCUGCAUACCGAAGAGACCACGACGGUCGCGAAGCUACCAGCCUUCCGUCUACUACACCGGAGGAAGCAACGACGCAUGCUUGGGGGGAGCUGUUCUUGACGUCUCGCGGAUUGGCGCUGGCGCACGGUGCCUUGAAGGACGCCCUGGAACCGUACCAGUCGGCGUCCAACUGGCACGAAUACUGGAUGGACGCCCAGCGGACCUUUUUCAUUCGCUACUGCCUCAUGUCGUGCGCCGCGGGCACCGUCCCGAGUCAUCUGGAGCCGAAAGCCCACUGCGCCUUGCCGCUGACCACAAUGGACGAAUUCUAGGACGCCUUCAACUGCUCCAACGACGGUAGUGAAGGGGCCCCGUGCGCGCUCGAGUGACGUCAUCGAGCCCGUCGACGACGCGUAUCGCAGCACCCGCCAGAAAGGAUGGUAGAACGCCGUACCAUGCACGUAGAAGACACGCGUGCUUAUUUUUGUUUUUAGUAUUUCGCCCUGCACAAUAGUAAGUGACGUUCGAUGACUGAUGAACAAGCUUAAUACUGCGUAGAAAAUAAAUUGUCUUUAACGGCA